AUGUGCGGCCUGCUUCUGCGCAUGGAGCACCUCAACGACUGGGACCUGCAGGCCGUCGUCAGGAGCUGCGCCACCUUCUCCUCCUCCCACCACCCCCAGGAAGAGGACCGCGCCGGUCCUCCUCCGGGUCCCGCCGCGGCGCCGCCGGCCGACACGCCGGUAAAGCGGGAGCCGCGCGACGUGGUCCGGCCCGCAUCGGCGGCCAAGGACGCGUCGUCGCUGUACGGCCUGGAGUACCUGGACUUGGAUCACAAGCCCUUCCUGCUGUCGGCGCCGUCGUCGCAGUCGUGGGCGGCGGUGGAUGACCGCCACGAGAUGAUGAUCUCUUUCCCCGCGGCGGCGUCCACGUCCGGCGUGCGGCCGCGGGUGCCGCCUGGCCGGAAGCCCGGCAUACGAAGCAGCACCCCGCGCCCGAAAAGAAGCAAGAAGAGCCAGCUGAAGAAGGUGGUAUGCGAGGUGCCGGUGGCCGACGGCGGCGUCUCCUCCGACCUUUGGGCGUGGCGCAAGUACGGUCAAAAGCCCAUCAAAGGCUCGCCUUAUCCCCGGGGAUACUACAAGUGUAGCAGCAUGAAGGGGUGCAUGGCCCGGAAACUGGUGGAGCGCAGCCCGGCCAAGCCCGGUGUGCUCGUCAUCACCUACAUGGCCGACCACUGCCACCCGGUGCCGACGCAGAUCAACGCACUCGCCGGCACCACCCGCCACAAGACCACCCCUGCGGACGGCCACGCGACGACGCCCAAAAGCCACGGCGACGCCCACGAGGCGGUGAGGUGCGAGGACGAAAGCAACGAGAUGUCGUCGAUGGCGGUGGACGGUACCACUGAGGAGGCGGCGGGGGAUGACGGCGGCGAGUUCUGGCCAACGGAGCUGGACCUGGACGAGUUGUUGGCGCCUGUGGAUGGCGAUCUGGAUCAUGUCUUCGACGAGGAUGGCGCCCUGGGACGACGGCUCUCGCUAUAG